GGGCGGGCCUCAGACUCGCUAUGCGGGUUGCGGGGCCUGGGGGCCGGGCGGCUGUUUCCUGUCCUGGUGCAUGGUGGUCGGACGAAGGAAUUGUUGGAAAAUUUUCUCGGAGGUAGAAAAUGUUGUUAGCCCAAAUAAAUCGAGAUUCUCAGGGAAUGACAGAGUUUCCUGGAGGAGGAAUGGAGGCUCAACACGUUACCCUGUGCCUGACAGAGGCAGUAACAGUGGCAGAUGGUGACAAUUUAGAAAAUAUGGAAGGUGUAAGCUUGCAAGCAGUAACACUUGCAGAUGGUUCUACCGCUUAUAUACAACACAAUUCUAAAGAUGGAAAACUCAUAGAUGGCCAGGUCAUUCAAUUGGAGGAUGGUUCUGCUGCCUAUGUUCAACAUGUACCCAUACCUAAAAGUAGGGACAGUUUGCGUUUAGAGGAUGGCCAAGCAGUGCAGCUAGAAGAUGGAACUACAGCGUUUAUUCACCAUACCUCCAAAGACAGUUAUGACCAGAGCGCAUUGCAGGCGGUGCAGCUGGAAGAUGGCACCACCGCGUACAUCCAUCAUGCGGUGCAGGUCCCGCAGUCUGACACCAUCUUGGCAAUUCAGGCUGAUGGGACGGUGGCAGGUCUGCACACUGGGGAUGCCACGAUUGACCCCGACACCAUCAGUGCUUUGGAACAGUAUGCAGCAAAGGUGUCCAUUGAUGGAAGUGAAAGUGUAACAGGUACUGGAAUGAUUGGAGAAAAUGAGCAAGAGAAAAAAAUGCAGAUUGUCUUACAAGGACAUGCGACAAGAGUAACUGCUAAAUCCCAGCAGAGUGGAGAGAAGGCAUUUCGAUGUGAAUAUGAUGGAUGUGGAAAAUUAUAUACGACAGCUCAUCAUCUUAAGGUCCAUGAGAGAUCACACACGGGAGACCGGCCUUAUCAGUGUGAGCAUCUAGGCUGUGGGAAAGCAUUUGCAACAGGUUAUGGAUUAAAAAGUCAUGUCAGAACUCAUACAGGAGAAAAGCCAUAUCGGUGUUCGGAAGAUAAUUGUACUAAGUCUUUCAAAACUUCAGGAGAUCUACAGAAACAUAUCAGAACUCAUACAGGAGAAAGGCCUUUUAAAUGUCCCUUUGAAGGCUGCGGUCGGUCUUUUACAACAUCAAAUAUCAGAAAAGUGCAUAUUAGGACACAUACAGGAGAAAGACCGUAUUACUGCACAGAACCAGGAUGUGGGAGGGCAUUUGCCAGUGCAACCAAUUAUAAAAAUCACGUGAGGAUACACACAGGUGAAAAGCCAUAUGUUUGUACAGUCCCUGGGUGUGACAAAAGGUUUACAGAAUAUUCCAGUUUGUACAAACAUCAUGUUGUUCACACUCAUUCCAAACCAUAUAACUGUAACCACUGUGGGAAGACCUACAAGCAGAUCUCCACACUGGCCAUGCACAAACGGACGGCCCACAAUGACACUGAGCCCAUUGAGGAGGAGCAGGAAGCCUUCUUUGAGCCUCCCCCAGGUCAAAGUGAAGAUGUUCUUAAAGGGUCCCAGAUCACGUAUGUUACAGGUGUGGAAGGGGACGAUGUUGUAUCUACACAAGUAGCCACGGUAACCCAGUCUGGGCUGAGUCAGCAAGUUACACUCAUAUCCCAGGAUGGGACUCAGCAUGUCAACAUAUCUCAGGCUGACAUGCAAGCCAUUGGCAAUACCAUCACAAUGGUAACGCAGGAUGGCACGCCCAUCACAGUCCCGGCUCAUGAUGCGGUCAUCUCCUCAGGAGGAACCCACUCUGUUGCUAUGGUUACGGCAGAGGGCACAGAAGGACAGCAGGUUGCAAUUGUGGCUCAGGACCUGGCAGCAUUCCAUGCUGCCUCAUCAGACAUGGGGCACCAGCAGCACAGCCAUCACUUAGUAACCACAGAAACCAGGCCUCUGACCCUAGUGGCCACAUCCAACGGCACCCAGAUCGCAGUUCAGCUUGGAGAACAGCCAUCUCUGGAAGAAGCCAUCAGAAUAGCAUCUAGGAUCCAACAAGGAGAAACGCCAGGGUUGGAUGAUUAAUCCUCGAAACAGUGGGGCACUACAUCAGAAGGAGCCUUUCAAAUCUUCAGGCAGCAGACAUCCAUGAGCCCGGGCCCAGGAAAAUUAGAAUGUUUCCAUUCCUGACAUAUUGUACACAUUUUUAUGCAAGAGUGGAGAACAGUUUAUUCUUGACACUUUUGUGUAUAUAACCCUUGGAAUAGAUUCCCAAACGGAUUCAUUGUGUACAAGGAUGUAUGAAAUUAGGGCAAUACAGUUAAUUUUCACGUUACUCUUUUAUCAGUUUGCAAACUCCUAGCGUCUACAUGCAAGAUCAGUGGAGUCUUAUGAUGGAUUUUUAACUUACUGUGAAAAGAUAAAAUAAAGGCUGUAUCUAAAACGGCAAAGGUUCUAUACUUCAAACAAUCAAUUCCAAAAGCCAUCGUGGAUAAUAAAGGAUGUAAAGCCUUCGAAUAUUUCCCCAAGUUAAUAGAGUGUCUGCAGUUUUUGUUCUACUGUAUACUUGUAUGUUUUUAUUUGUACCUCACGGUUUGAAGACUAUUCAUUAUAGUUUUCCAUCCCUGUUAAAAUACCACCUCUUCAAGCUGAGAUGCUAAUUAUAUUGAAUUGGAUCCAUGACAUUGGAUUAUGUAUAAAAUGACAAAGUUUGGUUAUUUAAAAUUAAAAAGUUAAAUCCAGUGCUUUGGUUUUGUUAAAGAUUUUACUUAGCGUUCAAUUUUUUGUUACUGUUUUUUAAAAAUAAUGAACUAUCAAAGUUUGACCACAGGCUGGAGCCCGGGAUAACAGUGCUGUAAUUGAAAAUGGCUUUACUCUGAAAAUUAGGUUAGUGGGUCGGUGUAAAUUAUUUAUUUUUGCUUAUGUACUUUUGUUUUAAAGCUUAUUUACCCUAAAGUUUAUUAUUAAUUUUGAAUACAGCAAUUUUUAAAAUGUUA